AUGUCAGGGGACAUGGAAGCCAAGGGCUCCACACAGAUCAGUGUAAAAAACAUCUGCUAUGAGUGGACCAUUAGCAACUUCUCAUUUUGCAUGGAUGGAAUUCAGAAAGAGAUUAGAAGCCCAGAGUUCUCAUUAGAGGACAAUGAGGAAGUGGCAUGGUGUUUGAGAGUAUACCCAAAUGGAGUUGAUAAAGAAAGCAAAGAUUACCUGUCAGUUGACCUGGGAUUGCUCAGCUGUCCCGUGUGCCCAGUUUGGGCAAAGUUUGAGUUCUGGAUCAUAAAUUCCCAAGGAGAGAAAUGUCAAAGUAGGAAGAACCCCAGUGUUGUAAGCUUUUGGCAAUACCAACACAGGGGAUUCAAAGAGUUCAUCCUUCGAGAUUUCCUCCUCUCCCAUCAGCAUUUACUUCUCCCUGAAGACCAGCUCACCAUCUGCUGCAAGGUGAGCAUAGCGGGAGCCAUCUUCAGCAUGCCUGGACAGAACAUGACACCUGCAAUCAAGGAUCCAAGGCAUGUGUUGGCAGAUGACCUAGGGAAGCUUUGGGAGAAUUCCAUCUUCACAGACUGCUCCCUAUUGGUGGGUGGCCAUGAAUUCAGGGCUCACAAGGCCAUCCUAGCAGCUCGCUCUCCAGUUUUCAGAGCCAUGUUUGAACAUGAAAUGCAGGAGAGACUAAAAAACCUCGUUGAGAUUCAUGACUUGGAUCCCCAAGUCUUCCAGGAGAUGAUGGGCUUCAUCUACACAUGGAAGGCACCAAACCUCAAGAGCUACUCCAUGGCCUCUGGUCUGCUGGCAGCUGAGAGCCUAAAGAACCUCGUUGAGAUUCAUGACCUGGAUCCUCAGGUCUUCCAGGAGAUGAUGUGCUUCAUCUACUUGGGGAAAGCACCACACCUCAACAGCAACUCCAUGGCCACUGCUGUGCUGGCAGCAGCUGAGAAGUAUGGCCUGGAGGACUUGAAGGUCAUGUUUCUUCCAGUUGUGGUAAACCAGAACCAUUAA